AUGUUUUUUGGCAUAUUUUUAUUCUUUUAUCAGUUCAUUAGAAGUAGUGAUACAUUUACCGCUAAAACCAAAUUUGUAGUGGAUAACACAUAACAACAUGUACAUGCGCAAAUUAAUUUUUGCAAAUCCAAAGUUGGUGUGGCGUGGUUUGUCCACCAAUAUCAGUGUCAGAGAAGGUUUGUUUACGCCUGUGGGGAGAUCUGUUCUAAAAACUUCCAAUAGAGUCACAGUUGUUGGUACAGGAGCAGUAGGAAUGGCUACUGUUGUUAGUUUGCUAAUGCAGGAUAUAACCCACGAUGUCGUCAUGAUAGGUGAAACAGAAGACAAGUUAAAAGGUGAAUUAAUGGAUCUUCAACAUGCAGCUUUGUUUUUAAAAAAUCCCAAAAUUGUUGCGAGCAAAGAUUACAAAGAUUCAGCAGGCUCAAAGAUUUGCAUUAUCACUGCCGGAGCCAAACAAAAAGAAGGUGAAUCACGUCUAGCUUCGGUCCAAAGAAGCACCGAUAUCUUCAAACAUGUCAUUCCACCUCUCGUGCAGUAUUCUCCUGACACAAUUUUAAUGGUCGUCAGCAACCCGUGUGAUAUUUUGACUUACGUGGCUUGGAAAUUGUCAGGGCUGCCAAAACACAAAGUUUUUGGUUCCGGAACCAACCUUGAUACGUCCAGAUUUAGGUUUUUAAUUUCGAAAAGGUUGGGCUGCAGCACCAAGAGUGUUCACGGAUGGAUUAUUGGAGAACAUGGUUGCUCUAGUAUUUUUUUGUUUUUAAUUCCUGUCUGGUCUGGAGUUAACGUCGCGGGAGUGCGUCUAAAGGACGUUCAACCUAAGGUUGGUACAGAUGACGAUCCAGAAGAAUGGAAAAAGCUUCAUUUAGAAGUAGUCAAUUCAACAUACGAAAUCAUCAAACUAAAAGGAUAUACCAACUGGGCUAUGGGCCUUAAUGCAGCGUCGUUGGCAAAUACAGUUUUAAAAAAUCUUCAUCAUGUCCAUGCAGUAUCUGUCAUGGUUAAGGGUUUUCAUGAUCUGACUCAAGAAGUAUUUUUAUCCUUACCAACUGUACUUGGUGCCAAUGGUGUUGAAUAUGUCGUGAAACAACAAUUGGCGAGUAACGAACUCUGCUCUUUGAAAGAUUCCGCUGUUAAGAUGUCGGACAUUCAAAAAGAGAUCAAAUUUUAAAAUCAAAAUUCUGAAAAGCUAUGAUUAACAAUGAGUGUUUGUAUAUUGUAUAUUAUGUCCCUUUGUGCAAAUAUAUCGUCUAUCAAGUAAAAAGAACUUAUUUUAAAGUAAAAUUGUGUAAACAUUUUUGUAACGCUACUCAGUGAGUUCAUCUAAAUUUCUAAUAAAAUCUAAGGUGAUUUUGCGGUCAACAAACUCUCCAUUGGCAAUUAAGCCCUUUUAACGAAACCAUUUAGGUGUAAUAUUCAUAAAUCCUUAAUCAAAUAAGUUAUGCGAGGUUACACAUUGUGGCUUUAAUUGAAUUAUGCAUCGUUACACCCUCAUAUUUAAACCGAAACAAAUGUUAAUAAUUAUCUCAAUUGGGGUAUGAAAUUGAUUAAAACAAAUUGGUUCCUCUAUCAUCAUCGAAAUUGUUUGCUCUUCACUUUCGUCAGUUGUAACAUCGUGAUUAUUAAUUAUUAUAUAAAUGUGUUUAUUGACUCACUUAAUCGAAUAAAAAUGUCACAGAAUAAAUUUUAAA